AUGAGCUUGAUCAAUACGGAUCAGUCAGCCAAUGCCUCAGAACCUCGUGCGACUAUCAGCCAAGCAGAGUCACGACCGAGGAAAAGAAGCCGGAUCACUGUUGCUUGUGCAAAAUGUAGACGGAAGAAAUCACGCUGCGAUGGCCUCUACCCAAACUGUUCCUCAUGUGCUGAACACGGCUUUAAGUGUGCGUACUCUAACACAGGAGCUUUGACCAGAUCUUCAGCACCCAAAGAACUGACCGCGGGGCUGGAGUCUCAGGUUGCAAUCUUGAGAGAACAGAUCGCUAAGCUGACAUCCAGGGUGGAUGGACUCGAGGGCGAAUCUUCCUGCAGGUUUUUAGAUUCAGCAACUGUUCAAUGCCGGGGCGUUCCUAUCGACCCUACCCCCUUGACCUGUAGCGACCCGAACACAGCGCUUGAAGCCGAAGACCCUACCGAUGGAAUUGGCUCAGUCGCUUUUACUGAAGAAGAACAUUCAGCUUUCUUUGGACCAACAUCCAACAUAGCAUUCACGCGUCAGAUAAUCCGUACAACAAAUCAGGUUCUACACAACGCUGCUUUUGCGGGCACACCUAUCUCUUUGGGAGCUUCAGGUGUCAAGAACCAUGUCAUUCAUGUAUCCCGUCCUUUAUCUCCAGGUCCGGACCUUCUGAGUUUCGCAGGCGAGGCAUCGAUCAAAGCAGAACCGUUUCUUCUUCCACCGACUGGUGAGAUGACGUCCUUGAUUGGCCUCUACUUCACAACAACAGGAUUACUGUACCCCUUCAUCGAUCGUCGCAAGUUCCUCGAGUCAUACCGGCAGAUGAUUGACCUUGGUAUCUCGUCAGUGCGCAGAUCGUGGUUGGGCUUGCUGAACAUGAUAUUCGCGAUAGCAACGAGCGCGAGCUGGGGUCACGACCCUACAGUCACGGCAGAUGCCCGUACCUCAAGAUCAGAUUCGUUCUAUAGGUGCGCAGUGACUCUGAGCGACCGGCAGAUCCGUUAUGUUACAAGUCUCGAAGUUGGUAAGCACUUCCAGCAUCGAACUACACAAAUGCUUCUAUUGACUAGCAUGUACCUACAGGGCACCGAGUACUCCGUCGGGACGUGGAACGUCCACGGGCUUGCAGUGAAAGCAGCUUAUCAGCUGGGACUACACUCUCCUGAUGAUCUAGGUAGCGUCAACAACACCACAAUGAGCCAACGCACCCGGAACUACAUUUCAUCGUCGCCAUGA